UUAGUUAGGAUGGCAUUAGAUUUUGUUUUGGGAAAGCCAUAUGGCCGGGUCAAAUUAGAAACUGGUUGUAAUAAAUUCCCGGUUUUUCUCGCAGCUUUCUUACACAAAAAAUCCAAUUUUUUGUAUUCGUUCUUCUAAUGAAGUUUUAUAUUCUAAUAGGAAUUUCCCUCUCGUCGCUUUCAUCUUGACUAUGCCUGCAAGAAGUGGUCUGUUUGGAUCCUGAUUGAGCUUUGCCUGAGACUUCAUAUCCUUCCAUUUAUAAAAAUCAAGGUGGUUCAUUUUCUUCACUUCCACCUUUGCCUUUUGAGCUUUUUCAACCGCAUUUACGAAGUCUUGGAAAUCGUAUACCUUGCCUUGUUUUUUGAGCGACAGCUCCACUUGAUGAUGAAAACUAUCGGCACUCAUGAAAAUGUGCCCUGGUUCGAAAAAAUUCAAUAUUAUUUCUUCGGCACUUAUUUCAAUCGAAUUAAUGAUUCGAACCAGGUACGUAAAAAGGCACCAGUUUUUAUUCUGGCUAGCACAAUUAUCCAGCCAUAAGAUGAUUUUUGGGGCAUCUCUGUUCCUUUUGAAGAAUGCGUAAAAGCAACUGACGAUAUCCUCUUUGCUUCUACCGGACUCGGCUUCGUGCCACAAAAUAGCAAAUGCUUUAUGCUGCGAACUGGUUCCUACCGGCACAAAAGUUUGAUUAUAUACUAUGAGCCUUUUUAUGAAAAGCACUUUCUUGAAAGUGUCAACUCUAGUCAGCAUUAUUACUUUCUGCAAGUCUGCAGAAACGCAGACAGUUCCAUCUUCGAACUUGGUUCUAACAUCUAAUUGAUACUUUUCUCGCGACUCUCGAUAAUGAUUUUCAUGAAGCUUCCAAGAAAUGCAAAUCGCGCAAGAUUCCUGCAGACUUUCUUUCGUAUGCGGAUGCAGCUUAAAUUCUUCGCAUCUUCACACUCUUCAUGUCGUAGGAGAGCAAAUGAUAUGUUUUUUGUUUUUACUCUUAAACGGUAAGAUUCGUAGGAUACCCAGGUUAUCUGGAAAUUUCAAUUUGAAAUUCUCCCACAUUGUUGCCACAGACAAAUCGCUCGGCAAAUAUCUCCUGUUCGGUGCAUGCGAACGCCUGGAAUAACAUCUCUCUCAUUCCCAUGAGUUCUGCAAACGUUCGCAAAAAUGUUAUAAUAAAUACUAGAAAUAGUUGACGCAAUUUAUUCAGUUACCACGCGACCGCGAUCAUGUCUCUACCUCCUAAGAAAACGUCGAAAAUUUCGUUAUCGAUGAAAAAAAAGACCACAACUCCGAAACCCGUGCGAUUUGCGCCACCAACGAAAAAAGCGCAAAUCAGAAGUGAUGUGGUAGUGGUGCAACCCUCAACAACAACAGGUUGCCUGCAUAUAAAGCAGCAACCACCGCCGGUGCUACCGUUGAGAUCCAUGGCGGCGCCGAGCCUACCCCACCUGUUAGAUGAUCAAUAUUCGAUCAUCACGAUUCAUUCCGAUGACGAGUCUGGGGCGCGACAAACCGAAAUACGCGCGGUGACUAUAGAGGAUCAUCAGUUGUCGCAGCUGAUGGAUGAAUUGGAUGCUAGUAGUACGGUGCAACAAAAUCGAGUGUAUCCGCCUAAAAUUAAAUCACCUUCGCCAUCUCAUCCACCACCAGCCACAUUGCCAACGUCAAGGUGGCAGCAAAAUGAAUAAAAUACGACUUCCACGAGUAUCGCCCUAACAAGAAGCCCUGGGGUAAGAGCCUUGAAACCAUGCUGCAAGUAUACGGCGUGAGAAAACGACAGCUAGAGGACGAUGAAGAUAAUAUCUUCAUGGAUUUCCCCACAGCAGCGACACCGAAGCAGGUAGCGCAGGCUACGUAUGCGCGCCUACUAAAAAUGGUGCCAAGUUACGAACGCCGUAUGCUUGAAGCAAGGGACAACACCCAGCGGCUCAGCGUGGAGUUGGCUGCUUCACGCGAAAAUGAAGCAGCGAUACAGGGGGAGGUGGAAUACAUAAAUAAGCU